AAACAUCACAAUAUCCAUGAAAAUCGAGUUUUAAAAAAGACAUAUAUCCACAAAAUUCAUGAGAAAUAUAGUAUAACUUUUCACAGGUCAGCAUUCCACCACAUCACCACUCUGACAUCAAACAUUCACACACGAGUUGUUCACAACGCGGCUCACAGCUGAGGCGCGUGAAGGCAACCCCAUGCCGCCGCCGGAGAAGCCGCUGCCGCGGCCAAAGCCCAAGCCCAAGCCCAAGCCCAAGCCCAAGCUUAAGGCGGAGCCGUCCACGGAGCUGAAGACGAGGGCAGCGAGGCCACAACCGUGGACGGAGCCGGAGCUGAAGACGAGGGCAGCGAGGCCACAACCGCAGAUGGAGCCGGACCGGGACGGGACCCUCGGCGGCGUUCCAACCUUGCCGGAUCCCUUAUCCUGCGCCAAUAACUGCACCAAGUCAUGCGCCUACUACCCCUUCUGCCUGUCGCCGCCGCCGCCACCUGCCGCCACCGUGCACCUCCGGGGGAGCCGGCUGCCGACCCCGCUCAUCGCGCUCUCGGCGUCCCUCCUCGCCGUCUUCGCGGUGCUCCUCCUCGCCCUGCUCGUUCACCGCCUUGUGCGGCGGCGGCGAAGGAGGCGGCUGCAGAACGCGCCGCUGACUCAGCAUGACGAGGAGGGGGGCCAGGUGCUGGCUGCGGUUGCGGAGGAGGUGGGUGAUGAGGAGGUCGACGGCGGGGUGCACCACGUGUGGUACAUACAGACCAAAGGGCUCGACGAGCGCGCCAUCGCGGCCAUCGCUGCGGUGGUGUACGACGCCAAGAAGCGCGGCGCCCUCGGCGGAGGAGACGGGGACGGCAGCUGCGCGGUGUGCCUGGCGGAGUUCCAGGACGGCGAGACGCUGCGACUGCUCCCGCGGUGCGGCCACGCGUUCCACCGCGGGUGCAUCGACACCUGGCUCCGCGCCCACGUCAACUGCCCGCUCUGCCGCGCGCCCGUCCAGGUCGCUGCCACCAAGACCAACGCCACGCCGGGGACCACAACUGCCACGCCCCGCGGCGAGGCCGAGGCAUAUCUCGGCGCCGGCAGUGACGCUCAAAUCGAGGAGACAUCUCGCGGCGGCGUGCCUGAGCGCGCCGUCAGGCGGGCCGCGUCCAUGGUGACGCUGCCGCGUCGGCCGUGGCCGGACGUCUCGCUCCGAGCGCCGGCGUCGAACAGCGGCCGCGAGGAGGAGAUGACGGGGCUGGGCAAGAUCAGGAGGCUGCUGAAAUUCUCAGAAGCGUUGGAGAUGGCCGGCGUCAAUGUAGGCCGGUCGGUCUCAUUCGGCGCAGGGAGCUGCCAGCGCUUGCCGGCAAGGUCCGGCCCCUCGGCCGCCGGUGUGAACGGCGAUGAAAUGGAAAUACCACAGUGAAUUGCCAGAAGAUAAUGACGAAUUGGUGAUGAUGGAGUGCUGAAAAGUUACAGGUUUGGAGGUGUGAGGUUGGUGUUGGUUUGAAAAGUUUUGUUUGCCACAAGGGAAGGUAAAACUGCAAUCUUUCCCAGUUUCCGGUAAGAUUAGUAAGUAAAUAACGCGAGUUUGUGCAUACACUGCAGAGUGUCGGAAAUUGUAAAUAAGAAUUCCUGACACAGAAGUUUUUGUAUGCGAGAUUGCGACAUGCGUCGUCGAUCUGUAAGAUACAAGAUACCACUCCUGUUCGUUGUGGUUCAUGGAUUUCUGAAUGAUAUGAAUGAGCUGAAGAUAUGUGUUGCUACAA